GCGCGCGUGAGGGCGGGCUCUGGAGACGACGAAGCCAAUGGCGGGCCGCGAGAGGCGACGGGGCGGGGAGGACGACGGUCGCUCGCCCAACCCGAAGCUCGGGAGGUGGCCGGAGAGUGAAUUUUCUGGAAGGCGACUUUGAAGGCGCCGGGCCGGGCCGGGCCGGAUCGAGGGGGCCGUCUCGGUGUGGCCGCCGCCCCGGGGUGCGAGCCGCGCCUAGGCCGCGGAGGAAGGCGCCCGCGAACCCCCCGCCCCCCCCCCCCAGGAUGAACCACAAGAGCAAGAAGCGCAUCCGCGAGGCCAAGCGCAGCGCCCGGCCGGAGCUCAAGGACUCGCUGGACUGGACCCGGCACAACUACUACGAGAGCUUCCCUCUGAGCCCGGCGGCCGUGGCGGAUAACGUGGAAAGGGCCGACGCUUUACAGCUGUCGGUGGGAGAGUUUGUGGAGCGCUACGAAAAACCGUACAAGCCCGUGGUUCUGCUGAAUGCCCAAGAGGGCUGGUCUGCGCAGGAGAAAUGGACUUUGGAGCGCCUAAAAAGGAAAUACCGCAACCAGAAGUUCAAGUGCGGUGAGGAUAACGAUGGCUACUCCGUGAAGAUGAAGAUGAAGUACUACAUCGAGUACAUGGAGAGCACGCGGGAUGACAGCCCCCUCUACAUCUUUGACAGCAGCUAUGGCGAACACCCCAAAAGAAGGAAACUUUUGGAAGACUACAAGGUGCCCAAGUUUUUCACGGAUGACCUUUUCCAGUAUGCAGGGGAGAAGCGCCGGCCCCCUUACAGGUGGUUUGUGAUGGGGCCACCACGUUCUGGAACUGGGAUUCACAUUGACCCUCUGGGAACCAGCGCCUGGAAUGCCUUAGUUCAGGGCCACAAGCGUUGGUGCCUGUUUCCUACCAGCACUCCUCGAGAACUCAUCAAGGUGACUCGAGAAGAAGGAGGGAACCAACAAGAUGAAGCAAUUACCUGGUUUAAUGUUAUUUAUCCCCGGACCCAGCUUCCAACCUGGCCACCUGAAUUCAAACCCCUGGAAAUCUUACAAAAACCAGGAGAGACUGUCUUUGUGCCAGGGGGCUGGUGGCAUGUUGUCCUCAAUCUUGACACUACCAUUGCCAUCACCCAGAAUUUUGCCAGCAGUACCAACUUCCCUGUUGUGUGGCACAAGACGAUACAGCACGGGCAGCGGCAGUGCAAGCCACCCCCAGCCACCCCGUGCCACUGUGUCCCAACCCUGACCUGGAGGGACCAGCUCUCGGGGAUCUUGAAACAGGAGCACCCUGAGCUGGCAGUCCUGGCCGACGCCGUCGACCUCCAGGAAUCCACAGGGAUUGCCUCUGACAGCUCCAGUGACUCCUCCAGCUCCUCCUCCUCCAGCUCGUCCGACUCAGACUCAGAGUGUGAGACUGGGUCUGAAGGCGAUGGGAUGAUGCACCGUAGGAAGAAGAGGAGGACGUGCAGUGUGGUGGGGAACGGGGACACCACCUCGCAGGAUGACUGCGUGAGCAAAGAGCGCAGCUCCUCCAGGUGACCACGCCAGCCGGCAGUGGACGAGGAUGUGCUCAGAGGGGCAGGACCCGGGGAAGGCAGCCCAGCCCACUCGGGAGGGCUGCUGUGAGCCCGAGGAGGAGGAGGAGGCCUCACGCAUCUGCUGCCGUGGUUUGUUCUCUGUUAUAAAGGCAAGAUCGUGUGUGUGGCGCCAUCAAGACCCUUUGUCUAUUUAAUAAAAGUGAAUCCAUUUUA